AUGAUGCGACCGACGUUCCAACUCGCGGCCGUUCCGCGCCGUGCGAUACCGACUGCGAGACAAGGUGCAUGGGAGGCGAUAUGGAAGAAGCAGCUCACUGCGCCGAGGAGGCCCCUCACGACAUCACCCGUGAGGUUGCUGAGUAGCAAGACAAGCGCGACUCGUCGCACCCAAACAUAUAACUGGAGCUGGAUGACUUCUCGUCUCGAAACAAUGUUCAGAGGCUCGCGCCGGACAUUCCGUUUUUCCGCCACCCAGAGGAAUACAACAGCCGGGAAAACCACCCAGGAAUCGUUGUCAUUGAGCCAGAGACUGAAGAAACUUUCCAAGGAGUAUGGCUGGUCGGCUGUGGGAGUGUAUUUUACUUUGAGCAUUCUUGACUUUCCCUUCUGUUUCUUGCUAGUCCGAGUUGUUGGCACAGACAGGAUUGGUCAGCUCGAGCACUGGGUAACAUCCCAUGUAAAGAAAAUCAUCCCCGAAUCGGUCCAAAAUUGGUGGACCGAAUAUAGAGCAGCGCUUAGCAAAGCCGAGACCGAGCAGUUCGGGAACGAUGACAUUAGUGAGGCCGUCGAAAUGGCUGGUUGGGGAGUUGAAGAGGCGGAAGCGCGCAACAAGGCAGAAGCCAGCCUGGGAACUCAACUUGCGUUGGCGUAUGCAAUCCACAAAAGUUUCAUCUUCUUGAGAGUACCUUUGACUGCGGCGGUAACGCCAAAGGUUGUUAAAGUACUUAGAUCAUGGGGAUGGCAGAUCGGCAAACGGCGGAGCAAAUAG